GAUAGACUUGAAGACCUUUUCAGUUGUGUGACGUUGUCGAUUGAAAGAAGAAACGAUUACUUGUUUUAUUGAAGCCGGCCAAUAUUUAGAGCUACAUCCUCUUGAAUAGGUUUUUCUAGUACGUUGAAGCAGAAUUUUUAAAACUGAAAACCAUGGAGUCAAAGAAAAAGGAGAAAGAAAAAGAGAAAGACAAGGAGAAAGACAAAGAUGUCAUCGUUUAUGAAAGGGAAAUGGAAAUGUCUUCAGCUAGUCGGGGUGUUUGGUUGGUGAAAGUACCAAAAUACAUUUCAAGUCGAUGGGAUAAAUGCCCUGGAAAUAUCACAGCUGGACAACUGAAUAUUACUAGGGUGCAAGGACAAAAGUCUCAAGUCAAACUUAUUCUGUCGGAAGCUAUUAUGUGUCUCCAGGAAAAAGGAGAGGAACCUAUUCCAAAAGAGCAUGGAUUGAUUGUUUCACACAUUACUUCACAAACAUUGGGUGUAUUUUCUCAACAAACCACUCCAGCCACGGCAAACUCACCUAUGGAAACUGAGAAGAUCAUAUUUGAAGGCAAAGUUGCCCAGAAGCUUGAAUGUAGACCAACAGCAAACGCAAGUUAUAUGAAACUCAAAAGGGAUUCUUUGAUUAAAGCUGCCCAACCUACAAGAAUUGUGAAGCAAUUGGAUCGAGUGGUUCAAAGUUACAAACCCAUCUCUGACCACAAGCAUAAUAAAGAAUUCGACGAAAAGAAGAAAGCUGAGGGUAAGAAGGCCAGAGAUGAUAAGGGCAAAGUUAUGGACAUGCUGUUUGCAGCUUUUGAAAAGCAUCAGUACUACAACAUCAAGGAUUUGGUAAAACUCACCAACCAACCUGUGACCUACCUCAAGGAAAUUUUGAAGGAUGUUUGUGUAUACAAUUUGAAGAAUCCUCACAAAAACAUGUGGGAACUGAAACCGGAAUACCGCCACUACAAAGAUGAAGACAAGGACUAAUAAGUAAACAGUCCAUUAACUUUCUAAUAAAGCUGUGAUUUUCAGAAAACUACUAAACAGCUCUUGGAUGCACAUAACUUCAGAUAACUCAAAUAGGUUUCAACUGCCCUUGAAAUUGUUCGAUAAAAUGUUCACUUAGGCUACAAUUUUCCCUUCGUCUAAAAAUUCCUGUGCUAACAAGCGUGUGGUCCAAUACAUCGAUGCGAACUUGAAAA